AUGGCGUUAAAGGAGCAAAUUUCUUCGCCCCUCGAGGCUGGGCCAUCCGUCCUUGAUGCUCGCCGUCUUCCUCAUCACUUGACUCCCGCUCUCGAAUAUGCCUCCUCUCGACUUGCCAAAAAGUCCCUCCAUCUUACCCUUGUCGUCGUCCGAAGUGACUACCAACUACCAAGAGUGAUUCCUCCGCUGGCAUCACCCGGCCUGUCUACUCCAAGCACACCAGCCUCUCCGCCUGCAAGCAAGUUCAGCUUUUCUACCAGUCCUGUCACCGCCUUGAAGCAGCUUGUUCGGACGGCGUCACGACAGAACUCGGAACCAGCACAGUCCGUCGGCCCCAAGAGUGCUGUGUCGUCACCGGCCACAACAACCCUGGACUCUCCUGGUCCGAGAUCUCGAUGGCCUCUCUCGCCUUCAACGCCUUUGUCUCCGCCUCCCAUGACUCCGUGUACACCGUCGUCUGUUGCCACGGAUUACACUGGCCCUAUGACACCGGGGGGUUGUGGGAUGCGCUUUAUCCAUGCAUCGGAUUUAAGUGCCAAGGAUCAAAGAAUCCAGCGGGCUGUGUUUACUAAGACAGCACGAAAGUUUAGCUUGGGGUCAUCCCUCUCGCCGGCCGUCGAUCCCUCAACUUGUGGCCUAACCGCCCAGCUCAUCACCGACUCUCUCAUCCAAAACGAAAUCCUCUUCUCUUCCGACGGCCUCACCCUCCUCUCACUCGAGCGACUGUACAGCCUCAAGAGCGCUCUGUCGAGUUAUUCCAAAACCAAGGCCCACUUUCGUCUCGAAGACGCAGUCGACGAACUCCGUCGGUAUGUCCUUGCCAACAACGGCGAGAAAGCAACCAAAUCAGAUCUAUUACGCUCGUACGACUGGCUGAGUGUGAGCCCGACCGCCUUGUCGGACCUGGAUAAAAUGUACAGAACGGCCUACGGGGGACCAGGCGAGGUAGGCGCCAUAUCUGGACUUGGACCCCCGCCACCCACGAUCCUCCCACCUUCUACAUCCGAGCCAGUGAUCCGCUCUGACGAAGACGGAGACGAAGACGACGGGUUCCUCACUGAGUAUGACGACGACCCCGAUCUGAGUCCUACGCAGAUAGGACUCGCAGUGACCACAUUUGAAAUGAGAAAGCCCCCUACGCCCAAGGGCCCGAUUUUGAAGAUUCAGACCAAUUUCAGGGCGAAGGCUGUGCUAAGGAGCAAACAGGAUUGCAAGGAGGAGGAUGCAAAGAAGGAAAAAAUUGAAGAUUCUGACAAGAAAAACAAGGCGCAAGAUGAGAAAGAUGGCGGCGAUAUGACAGCACGACCUCUUGAGACGGCGCCGCGAGGACGCACACGGUGGGCGGCGUCGAUAGACAAUGUCCUGAGCGCGGGUGUGACGAGUCCCGUUGGAGAUUCUGCGUGUCCUGUACCAAUGACUCCGAAUGGAUAUGAUGAUAUAUCGCCCAUAACAAGGGGAGAAUGGGGAUUCCUGAUGGUCAACAAUACGUUUCGCGGGGGCCGAACCGUCGCAGUAGAAACGUGUUGA